GCUACAAGGAACAAAAUUAAACAUUCCUGAAGUUGAAUUAGAUAAAGAUUUAUUACACAAAGAGUUGAAAAGUAUACAAGCAUCUGUGUUAAAACAAACACAGCUUCAAGAAGCAUCACUCUUACAAAAAUUAAGAUCCAAAACCACAAUCAAAUCAUUAUUCAUUGUUGAAACAUUGUCAAUACUGUUAAGAAUGGCAGGUAUUGCUCCCAUAAUAAACUAUGUGGCAGACUCGUUGCCAGGUUCAAAAAUGUUUAACCCCAACUUUUUCGUUUUGUCAAUUGAAGUGACAAGACUGUUGAGCAGUCUAUUAUCUUCUGUGGUCGUUGAUAGAUUACCGAGAAGAACUCUCCUGAUUGGCACCUCUAUGAUCUGUGGUUGCUCUAUGACACUGAUGUCUAGUUUAUAUUUGUUUGAUGACUUUCAAAAACAAAAUUUAUCCUCGUUAGGAAUAAACGAUCAUGUUGAAUACAUGACGAACGAAAGAGAUUUGAUAGAGGUUACAACCCAGUUAGCUAGAUUGAAUGCUAAUGAAUUUAACAUCAGAGUGGAUGAUUCUAGUACAAUUUCUCCGUCAACUGAAUAUAACCUAAGUGAAAUUUCAGGAAAUAGCCAAUACGAGAAUGGAGUGGAUAAUUCUAGAACAAUCUCUACUCCAACUAAAUAUAACCUGAGUGAAAUUUCAGAAGAAAACCAAUACAAUCAUGGAGUGAAUAAUUCCAGAAAAAUCUCAACAACUAAAUAUAACCUGAGUGAAAUUCCAGAAAAUAAUCAAUACAGGAAUGGAGUGAAUAAUUCUAGAACAAUCUUCACGUCAACUGGACAUAAUCUGAGUGAAAUCUCAGUAAAUAGCCAAUACAAUCAUGAAGUGAAUAAUUCUAGAACAAUCUCAACAACAACAAAAUAUAACCUGAGUGAAAUUUCAGAAAAUAGUCAAUACAGGAAUGGAGUGAAUAAUUCUAGAACAAUCUUCAGGUCAACUGGACAUAAUCUGAGUGAAAUUCCAGGAAAUAGCCAAUACAAUCAUGGAGUAGAAAAUUCUGGAACAAUCUUAAUAACAACUAAAUACAACCUGAGUGGAAUUCCAGAAAAUAGCCAACACAAUGUAGUGGAUGAUACUAGAACAAUUUUUACAUCAACUAAAUAUAACCUGAGUGAAGGUUCAGAAAAUAUCCAAUACAACAUGAAUGGAGGAAAUCAUUUUGAAGAUUUCACAAAAAUUGAAGAUAACCAGAAAAAACUAUCAAAAGACAUCCCAAACUUUCUAAGAUGGAUACCCUUGACCUGUAUCAUCAUCCACGGAAUCUCCUUCUCAUUUGGCGUGGCAACAGUUUGUUCAAACAUAAGAAGCGAACUCUUCCCAAUGAACGUUAAGGGUCAUUGUUCUGCCAUAACAAGCAUUGUAACGGCAAUGACAUCAUUCGGUCUGAGCCGUUCGUUUCCAAUGACUAGAAACUUCAUGGGUUUGUGGUUUAAUUUCGGAAUUUACGCGGUGAGCAGUUUUUUGAUUGCCUUGUUUGCGAAGUUCUAUCUGCCAGAGACAAGCGGGAAGACGCUGCAAGAGAUACAGGAUGAGCUGAAGUUGAAAAAGAGUGAGAAAACAGAGAAGAGAAAUUGUUUGGGGAUUGUUUAAGAUUGAUUGAUCCAGAGAGGUCGAAAUAAAACGAUAUUGUCAGUACCAAAUAAUUUCUUCAAUGUUGUUUU